CUUUUGGGCUUCCUGCUUGGCUGGCUUCUCUGAUCUCUAUAUUCUCUUCGACGGAGAAACUUUUUAAAGAACUUCUACUUGCUUCUUCUCACUCACCAUUGCCUCUUUGUUGUUGUUCUUUGGGAUACUGCACUGCACUGCACUGGAAUUUCUUCUGUUCUUCCGAAAAUAGGAGAAAACUCUAUCUGCUUCUCUCUCUCUCUAUUCUUUGUUAGUCUAGUGGGAUUUCACUUUACUCUCAUAGUCUCAUUGCUGUUGUUUUGGGGGUUAUGAUUUUCCUCAGUUAUGGAUUUGAAAAAGCUUGUAUUUUCGGAGCAGUUUUCUCAUGCUAUCUCUUCACGGAGAAAGAUAAUUUUUGGUUUUGGUUUGGGUAUAGGGGUUUCACUCUUUGUUCUUUCGAUUAUUUUGCUCAGCAACCCAUUUAUUAAGGGUUCUCUGUUCAACCCAAUGUUUCAAGGGUUUAACAGCAUUACGGGUAAUUCUUCUCUUGUUUCGUGGCCAUUCUCGUUUUCAAACGUUCCUACUCUUUCUUCUUCUUCUUCUUCUUCUUCUUCUUCAGGCAUCCGAAACUCCACUGAUGUAUUGCAGACGGGUGGAGAGGAAAUCUAUAAAAUGAAUGCCUCAGAGAAAUCGAACAAUGCAAACGUUUUGGGCUCCAGCAGGGUCGAAGUGUUUAUAGACAAAACCCGCGAGAGGAAUUCCUCCGAGAGUGAGAAAAACGAAUGCUUUUUUCACGAACAAGGAAGGAUUGAUGACAGAAUCCAUCACUGUAAUUUGUCAAUGAAAGAUAACACUGCAACCUUUUUCGGUGCAGAAGAAGCGAUUGUGAAUGAGAAACGUGAAGGAAACACCGCUGAGGGACAUGCCUAUGAAAGCUUGGUUGGCAAAUCUAAAGGGAAAGAUAUGGUUACUAAUGAGACCAGUAUCGUUAAUGAUUCAAACAACCGCGAGAACGUGAAGUCCCUUGGUGGAGAAAAAAUGGUGUCGGCGAGAUUUCAAGAAACAAAUUUGCCUGUGACCGAUAGCGACAAGAGCUCCUACAAUGAUUCUGGACUUGUAAAGAGGGUCGACAGUUCUUUUGAUAAUUGUGAUAUUUUUGACGGCAAAUGGGUGAGAGAUGAUGGAAAACCAUAUUAUCCCGCUGGUUCUUGUCCUUAUAUUGAUAGGGAUUUCGACUGUCACCUCAACGGAAGGCCGGAUGAUGCUUUCUUAAGAUGGAGAUGGCAACCAAAUAGGUGUGACAUUCCCAGCUUGAACGCAACUGAUUUUCUGGAGAGAAUGAGAGGGAAGAGGCUGGUUUUUGUGGGGGACUCGUUGAAUCGGAAUAUGUGGGAGUCUCUGGUAUGUAUCCUUCGGCAUGGUCUCCCAGACAAAAGCAGAGUGCUCGAGAUUUCAGGGAGAAAAGAAUUCAAAACAAAAGGCUUUUAUGCGUUCAGAUAUGAGGACUACAACUGUUCCUUGGAUUUUGUGAGCUGUCCAUUUCUUGUCAGGGAAUCAUCGAAUAAGAGGAAAAAUGGAUCAAUUGAGACUCUAAGACUGGAUUUGAUGGAUACGACAACAUCACUGUAUCGUGAAGCUGAUAUUGUAGUCUUCAAUACAGGCCAUUGGUGGACUCAUGAGAAAACCUCUCGAGGGGAAGACUAUUACCAAGAAGGUAACUACGUGCACCCAAAACUCAAGGUCAUGGAAGCAUACAAGAAGGCACUCACCACUUGGGCAAGAUGGGUCGACAAGAAUAUCAAUGCCAGCAGAACUCAGGUCUUCUUCAGAGGAUAUUCAGUAACCCAUUUCAAAGGUGGCCAAUGGAACUCAGGCGGGCAGUGUCACAAGGAAAGUGAGCCAAUCUUUAACGAGACAUACUUGGGAAAGUACCCUUCAAAAAUGAGAGCUCUAGAUCAUGUGCUGCAACAAAUGCACACUCCUGUGAUAUAUCUGAACAUCAGUAGGCUUACGGAUUACAGAAAGGACGGGCAUCCUUCUAUUUAUAGAAAGGUAUACAAAACGGUAGAGGAACAGAUUGCUGCUGAGAAAUCUCAGGAUUGCAGUCACUGGUGUUUGCCAGGUGUACCAGAUACAUGGAAUGAAUUACUCUAUGCUUCUCUCUUAAAGGCAGAUCGAGGAUCAUGGAAAACAUGAAGAGCCAUCUACAAUGAAUCCUAUUGCAUAAUUUGUUAUUUUUCUUGUUGGUUUACAUAUAUCGAGCUGCGCUGUGUGUAAUAUUACGUCUCUAAUUACUUCUCAAGCUUCUACAUUGAUCAAGAAGUGCGGUGCUGGGUGUGAGGUUUCUGGCUAGAGAUGGAUAUGGCGAGUGGGGUGUUAGCCAUAGAUGUUCAGUUGAAUCCUUUCAUCUGUAAAUUCUACACUUGAGUGAUAUCAACAUGUGCUGAAGUUGUUUCAUUAUUACAUUCUAUCAUCAUGGUGAAAACUGUGUAUUUGUCAAAACUAACAGUAAUACUUGUGCGGAGUCGAUAGUAAUGUUAA